AUGCAUCAGCUGGAGAAUGAGCAUAUUCCCGUUGAUAUUCCUCGUCAUCUAACCUACACUUCCACGGACUCUUAUGUGAUAGAUACGAUAAAUUGUCUACACGAUAGCCGGCUGCGCCAUCAACCAAAUGGUGUUAGCGAUACUGCAGAUUGUAUCUACCAGAUAUCAGCUUUGGCCGCUAUGAAAGCUACCUCAUCACUAUUUCUACGGCGCGACCUUCGCCAUGGACCUUUUGUUUUGAGCCUGACCGACCUACAUCAGAGCAACAUUUUUGUUGAUGAAAAUUGGAACAUCACAUAUCUUAUUGACCUUGAAUGGGCUUUCUCUUGUCCUAUCGAGAUGAUUCAUCCUCCUCGCUGGCUAGCGAAUCAGGCAAUUGACCAGAUGGAUGAGAAGAUAUACGACCCCGUUCGUCGCGAGUUCCUAGAUGUUCUAAAUCAAACUGAGCAGGGGCUUUCCGUUCAACCCCGACACAGACUUUCCGUUAUCAUGAAACAAGCAUGGGAAAUGGGAACCUUUUGGUACACGUUGGCUCUUCGCAGUCCAACGGGUCUUGUUCGAGUAUUCUACGAUCAUAUCCAGCCGAUACUCGCCAAAGGGCACGAAGACAACGCUGACUUUUACACGAUUAUGAUGGAAUAUUGGACCAUUGCGACGACUCCAUUCAUUAAUAAGAAACUAGCGGAUAAAGAGAAAUAUGAUAAGCAGCUCCGUCAAGCCUUUGAGGACAAAGUGGAACUUCUCUGUUGA